CCAGUACUAAAACUGCAUCCCAAAAUUGACAUUUCGACUACUCGAACAAGUCGAGCAGAAAUUUCCGCUUUGACAGCAAAAAAGACGCGAACUUGCAAAGAUUGAUUGUUUGGGUUUGGCGUUAUCGCUGCAGAAAGCAAAUUUAUACCAAAAAGAGGAUUCUUUGCAAUUAAAAGUUCAUAAACAGUUAACAGAUUGUUAGUUUGUUGGUUGGCACAUUCAGUUCAACCAUUUACCGAUAAUAUUUUGCGCACCAACAGUCCAUAGGAGACCGGGAGCAUCGGAGUCUCGAAUAGUUGUUGGCUUGUGUUUUGUAAGGACCUUAUCCUGAACCAUGGUACCGAUAGGAGGACCGGUCGGACACGGUGGACAUCCGAUUCACAUACCAACCCCGAUACAAAAUGCUCCUCCACCAUCUCAGAGUCAGCAUGCGCCGUCUAGUCAGAACCGGCAGUCGCUUUCGGUUAAACCAAACUAUACUCUCAAGUUCACGCUAGCCGGCCACACAAAGGCAGUGUCGGCGGUAAAAUUUAGCCCAAAUGGUGAAUGGCUUGCCAGUUCCUCUGCUGAUAAAUUGAUCAAAAUAUGGGGCGCAUAUGAUGGCAAGUUUGAGAAAACAAUCUCCGGACACAAGCUAGGGAUUAGUGAUGUGGCGUGGUCAAGCGAUAGUCGCCUCCUGGUGACGGCCAGUGAUGACAAGACGCUCAAAAUCUGGGAACUCAGCUCGGGCAAAUGUCUGAAAACGCUGAAGGGUCACACCAACUAUGUGUUCUGCUGCAACUUCAACCCGCAAAGUAAUCUGAUCGUAUCGGGGAGCUUUGACGAAUCGGUGCGCAUCUGGGACGUGCGAACCGGGAAGUGUCUGAAGACGUUACCCGCCCACUCCGACCCGGUGUCGGCGGUACACUUCAACCGGGACGGUUCACUAAUCGUUUCGUCCAGUUACGAUGGGUUGUGCCGUAUCUGGGACACUGCCAGCGGCCAAUGUCUGAAAACGCUUAUCGACGACGACAAUCCACCGGUUUCGUUUGUUAAGUUCUCCCCGAACGGCAAGUACAUUCUGGCGGCCACACUCGACAACACGCUUAAGCUGUGGGACUAUUCAAAGGGCAAGUGUCUGAAGACGUACACGGGCCAUCGCAACGAAAAGUAUUGCAUCUUUGCCAAUUUUUCCGUCACCGGCGGCAAGUGGAUUGUGUCGGGCAGUGAGGACCAUAUGGUGUACAUCUGGAAUCUGCAAAGCAAGGAAAUCGUACAAACGCUGCAGGGCCACACGGAUACGGUACUGUGCACGGCUUGCCACCCGACAGAGAACAUUAUCGCGUCGGCCGCGCUCGAGAACGAUAAGACGAUAAAGCUAUGGAAGAGCGAUACGUAGAGUGUGUCUUGUGGUCUUCUUUUCGCUGGCACUGCCACGUUUCUAAAAGUGCGAAUGAAGCAUUUCGUUUACAUACAUUACAUACAACAGGUUGGCAGAAAGGUUGCUAUGACUUCUUAGCAUGGUAAGGGAAGAUUCAGAAUGGUUUUAUAAGAAUUCGACGUCUCGUGUAUAAUAAUAUACAAACUAAUCGUACACUACAUUACAUAGCUGAAGACAAGA